UCUAUCAACCUUAAAUAGCUUAAACCAAAAUGGGUCUACUUUUCUUCAUGAUCACCAUAGCCAUGUCGACGUUUCAUCUCUCCGGCGCCCAGUACGCCGCUUACGACUACGUAAACCCCCACAACGACGCCAGAUACAAUGUCAACGUUACGUUCUUGGCGUGGGACGAAGACUUGGAGUCCUACGCGCAGGGAUACGCCCGUGCAUUAUCCCCCGUCGACUGCGACCUGAUCUACGACGGCGGGUCUUACGGCGUGAACUUGGCGAAGGCGUACCCCGACCUCGAUGCCGCCGGCGCGGUGAAGAUGUGGGUGGAUCAGAAGGCUAACUACGACUACGACUCCAAUACUUGCGUCGACGGCGGCGAGGAGUGCCGGCGCUACACUCAGGUGGUGUGGGGGAGCUCAACCCGUCUGGGUUGUGCAAGAGCUCGGUGCAUUAAUGGGUGGCGGCUCAUUGCCUGCCUUUAUUAUCCCGCUGGCAACGACCAAGAGCGCCCCUACUAACUGUUCGAACAUAUUUGAAGCAUUUGAAGCACCCAGUUGGGCAUGCAUCGAAGCAUGUGCUCCAUACUAAGCGUGUUGUUAAAAGAUAUUUCUCUCACUAAAUGUAUGUUUUUGUUUAUCAAACAAUGUAUUUUUUUAUUUUUUUUUUAAUAUUACUAACUCUAUUACAAUGGAGUAUCUGUUCAUAA